UGCUGUAGCUGUUUGUUUUUUUAAUUAAGUAAUUUAAUAUGCAUGCAUAUUUUACGUGCAUUUUAAAAUUAACUUAUAUUGCAGUCGUUUUAGAGUUCCUUCCAGCCAACUAGUAAUGCUGGGACCUAUUAGGAGACCGUGCUAACCAGUGGAGCUAGUGAGCUAAAGAAAACCCCAAUAAACCAGGGUUGCCAGAUCUCGCGAGAAAAAAAGGAAGCAAGCGCGAAGAAAAAGUUCAUGCAAUUCUGUUAUUCACCUGAAUGACGGGUCUCCAAGCAAACGUAAACAAAGACUAUAAGCAGCGGACGUUGAUGGUUAUGGAAAAUGAUGGACAACUCGACGGCAAAUGAGAACCACAUAUCCUGUCAGCCGUGGGCCGGCCAGAGUGGCUGGCCCACACCUUCGUCUCAGGGACUCCUCGUGAACCCGCACGCCAACGCUCAGCAUCUCAGCCUGGGCUCGUCCUCCGAUCACAGGCCGCUGUACAACCACCUGCAGGCGUCCAAUCAGAGCAUCAGCAAUCUGAGCGGUUUCCCUCCCAGAAGCAGCAGCCAUCAUGCUGCCCUGGACAAAGCACCUCACAUCAACAGCAUCCCAUCGUCCAACUCUCUGUUUGACAGCACCGCCAUCCAGGAUGCCUCUCACCUGCUCUCCUUCGCCCAGCAAAACCCCCACACCUCAUCCAUGCUGAUAGCUGGAAACCAGGUUGAAGUCACGCCCCAACCCCCACUCCCCCAGCAAAACCAGGGCCCGCCGCCAUGCAGGCCGCCGUAUUUAGACCGUCUCUCGUCCCACAACCCCCACAAAGCAUUGUUCCAGACUCAGUUACCAAAUCAGCGUUUAUCAGAUGGACUUCAGGAUCUGUCCAUCUGCCUUUCAUCGUGCAGACAUGCUGCGUUCGGGGGACAAGGUGUGGACUCGACCGCCAUGGCGGGAUACGGUCACAGCUUUUCCUCCUCCACAUCCCAGGAGCCGCCUCAGUGGGGCCCCUCGUUACACAGCAGGGCAGCUGUAAACGAGCCUGUCCUAAAUGCAGGCGUUCAUACUAACGACGGCGCGUCAGAAAACGGGGGAACCGUCACCAAGGUGACGGACAAUGAAAAGCUCCGAUCCGUCAUCAUACAACAGCGCGCUCACCUUCUUCAGCAACUGGAGAACAUGAAUAAACUUCUGGAGUCGUUGCCUCCAGAUAACAACAGUGACGGGCCGUCGCCGCCAGAUACACCUGCUCAGGACGACUCGCCACCCUGCCAGGGGACCGAGUCCACCGAUGCCCCGCAAGCUCAGCUGUCUCCAGAGGAGUCGCAUCAUUCAGAUUGUUCGUUUCCUUCGGCGUAUGGCGAACUGCGUUCGAUGUGUGACACAUCGGAGCCGAGGUCGGCUGCUGACUCACCGAAAAGGGAAAACCAGAGUGGUGACGAAGAUCCCGAUUACAAGCCUGAGAGUGAUGACGACGGCGCCUCAGCUGCUGACUCUGACUCUACCUGUCCCAGCGAAUCCUUGAGCCCUGGGAAUGCAACGCCACCUCUCACGGAGAUAAAACAGGAACAUUCGGAGGAUUCGUCGUGUGACGAGACGGGUGAAAGUCCUCCCAAAAAGACCCAGGAAACAAAAAGCAAAAAGCUCUUUGAGACGGUCGUGAUGCCGUCAUCAAGCACGAAGGAGCGCCGCGUUUACGACAAGAAGAACUACUGCUUGUUCUGCUCCAAGCCUGUGUUCAAAAUCGCGCGGCACAUGGAGGCGGUCCACAGCGACCGGGAAGAGGUCGCCGUCGCCUUCCAACAUCCCUUAUUAUCCCCCGAGAGGCAGAAGAUCUGGAAUAACCUGAAGAAAGAGGGGAACUUUGCUCAUAAUAAAAAGGUCUGGAAAACUGGCGAGGGGCAGCUCGUAUUUCAGAAGAGACCCAGGCUGCCCAUGAAGGUGAAGGACUACGUGCACUGCGAGUACUGCCACGGCCUCUACGUGAACAAGGCGUUAUUCAGGCACAUGAAGAUGUGCUCGGAGCGGUCGCCGGAGGACGAGGAGCCCCACUUAAGGAAGAAGCGAAUGGUGUCCCGCUGUGCGCUGUUGGCCGUGAACUGCGAGGCCCUCGGCAUCAGCGCGGACAUCAAGAACAUCCUCGGCGACAUGGUGUACGACGACGUGACUCGCAGCAUCAUGGACGACAGGAUCAUCCUGCAGUUCGCCGAGCAGAUGUUCAACGAGUACGACCGCGACAUGAAGAAGAGCCACUACAUCCGGCAGAACCUUCGGCAGAUCGCCAGGCUGGUGCUGGAGGCCCAGGCGGGGAGUCCGCUGCAGAGUCUGCAGGACUUCUUCCACCCGUCCAACUUCAAGCACGUGGUGGCGACGGUGAAGGGCGUGUCAGGCUACGACGCCGAGACGAAAACCUUCAGUCGCCCGUCUCUCGCUAUCAAGCUCGGCUACAACCUGCAGAAGAUCUGCAAGAUCGUGGAGGGCAACGCCGCCGAGUCCGGCGACGCCGCCGCAACGGAGUCGGCCCGCAGCUUCCUCUCCAUGUAUCGCCUGAGGUGGAACAAGCUCAUCUCCGUACGCGCUCUGAGGAACCUCAGGGAAGUGAAGCAGAAACGAAACGGGCAGGUUCCCUUAGCCGAGGACGUGAAGCGUCUCCACUUCCACAUGGAGAACGUGCUCCAGCUGGCCGAGCGCCGGCUCCGAGAGAAGCGGUCCACGGAGAAUUACGCCGAGCUGGCCCGGGUGCUGCUGGCUCGGACCAUCUUCUUCAACCGCAGGAAGACCAGUGAGGUCACCAGCAUCCCCAUCACGGCCUUCGCGGCGCGGAGGAAGGCGGGCGCGCUGGACGAGGUGGGCAUAUCCGUGUCCAAACUGGAGCGGACGCUGUGCGGGUUCUUCACCCGGAUCGUGGUCAGAGGGGCUUGUGGGAAGAGCGUCCCCGUGCUGCUGAAGCCCUCCUUCGAGUCGGCCAUGGAGCUCCUGAUCGACGCCCGCGAGGCGUGCGGCGUCUCCGGCCAGAACCCGUACGUGUUCGGGCGGCCGUCGGCACUGUCCGCCUACAGCGGGUCGGAGUCCAUCCAGAAGUACGUCAAGGAGUGCGGCGCCAAGAACCCGGCGGCGCUGAAGUCGCAGCAGAUCAAGAGGCACUUUGCCACCCUGCUGCAGCUGAUCAACCUGGACAAAGACGAGGCCCGGCGGAUAUUUGGGCCCGAUAACCAGAUCCAGAUGCUGCAGCAGAACGACGGCACGACGUGUGACGCCGACGUAGAGUCUGGAGUGAGGAUCAAGUGCGUCAAAGCUGAGGAAGACGGAUCGGCAGACGACCGCGAAGAUGACAAGGAGAAGACGACCUCACGCAGAGCUGACAGAUCCAGACGAAAAGGCUUCCGACCCAAUUCCAAGCUCAAAUGGGACGAUGCAGAGGUCCGUGCCGUAGAGAGACACCUGAUGCGCUUCAUCACGGAGCACAAGGUGCCUCAGAAGAAGGACUGCGUUAAGUGCCUGGAGGCCGAGCCGCGGGCCCUGAAGUCCCGCUCGUGGCAGGGUGUGAAGAACUACGUCAGAAACAGGAUCACUACUCUGCAGAGACAACGACGCCUCUCCAAGGAUUCAUCGGAAACAAACGCAGUGAAAUCACAGCAAUCAACAAGCAGAGAAGCAGCCGCCGGGCGCCACGGUGACGUCUCCGAUGGAAGCGGUGGAGCCGCAGAUACCCAUGAGGAACAGGCGUGCGGAGGAACGACCAGCUGCGUGACGGCGAGACCGCCCAGAGCUGACCGAUCCAGCAAAGACGGCUCCGGACCCAAAUCCAAGCUUAAGUGGCACGACGCAGAGGUCCGUGCCGUAGAGAGACACAUGAUGCGCUUCAUCAAAGACCACAAGGUGCCUCAGAAGAGCGACUGCAUGCAGUGCCUUGCCGCUGAGCCGGGGGCGCUGAAGUCCCGCUCGUGGAAAGGUGUGAAGGACUACGUCAGAAACAGGAUCACUACUCUGCAGAGACAACAACGCCUCUCCAAAACUUCACUGAAACACAAGAAACGGUCCAGACCGGAGGAGCCCUGGCAGGACGCUGCUCAUUUCCAGCAGCUGUAUUUGUUUGAUAAAGUCUGUCCAUCUAUACUGGCGAAUUAUGUGUCCGGCAGAGACAUGCAGAUCCUGCAAAAGGAGGACAAGAUGAUGGAUGCCCCCAGCUCUAAUCUGAGCCAGCCUCCCCAUCACGCAUGGGCGGUCCAGAACGGCUGGUCCACUGCAACACCUCAGAGUCCCGUCUGCCCAGAUCCCCUGCCCAGUUUUCGUCACCUCAACAUGGGUUCGUCUCCCGACCAGACCUCCUUCUACAGCACGUGGUCCCAGAGCGACCGUGCUGCCUUUCAGCCGAUGGUUCCUGUCGCUGCAGGAGGCCAGGGAAGAAUUGGACCCCCGUGUUCGUUUCCACUCGUGAACAACAUGACGCCGCCCUUCAGCUCCCAACAACAUUCCCCUUAUCCUCCUCCCUGCCCUUAUGAAGCGGCAGCAUCCCCGUACAGCCCUCCGCACGCAUACCAGGGUCUGCUGGAUGGACCUCGGUCCCCACACCAAGGUCAUCCUUCCCUGAGGCCUCCAUUAAUGGGACGAGGUCCUGCGUCUGAUGGGAGGAAGGACGACCACUCCCCGUCCAACUCCACCAUCCAGCAGCAGCCCCCGUCGACUCUCCUGACACACUCCACAGGAACCAUGAACCACUUUGUUCCCAAUGCAGUGACACAAGACAAACAUUUGAAAGAGCAGUCUUCCACCUCUGAGUCCCGGUACGGUCUGGACCCCGAGCUGUUGCCCAGUGCCGUCAAAGUGAUGGACGAGGACUGGGCCGAGUGGGAGGGCAGGGUCUUCGUCUCGGAGCCGUUUUCCUGUCUUCCUCCGCUUUCAACGACUUCCUGCGUCAUCGAGGACAAAGGUAACGCCAGCCCUUGUGUCAUCCGUUCCACCUCGUACUCCAUACCCUGUGAUGGUCAGAUGGCGCUGCUCAGCCGUCUGCCGCUGGGAGCUCUGGUCACCCCUCUUGGGAAACAACAUGCUGGAGAGAAAGACCUCCCGCUCUGCAAAGACACGGACUGCCUCCUGGGCUGCGGCUGUUGUGGAGCCCCCAUGUGCCCGGCGAUGGCCUGGCAGGACUGUGGGCAGAGGUUCUCCUGCCCCUUCUGUGAGAAACUCACCGAGGUGCCGUGGAAACACUUCCAGCCCACCAGGGGGGUGGAGGGGGAUCGGGUGGAUAAGGACGAAAGGCCUGAGCUCAGUCUGGGUUCAUAUGAAAUAACCGCCUCUCAAAAGGGCGAAUCACCAGCGCUGCUCCUCGCCGUAGACGUGUCCGCCUCGGCGCUGAGAAGCGGACAUUUGGAGUUUGUAACGCAGCAGAUACACGCGUUGUUUACAUCUCUGAACGGGGAGGACGGCGAGUCGCUGUCGGAUGUCCCCGUGGGGUUGAUGACGUACGACAGCAGGAUCCACCUGUACGACCUCAGCCCCAACCUGUCCCGCCCCCAUAUGCUCGUCGUCACGGAAACGGAAGACCUGCAGCUUCCUCUGAGGGAGGGGCUCCUCGUGCCGCUCAAGGACUGUGUAGAAAGCAUCGACAGUGUGCUGCGUCUUCUUCCUCAGUUUGAUGCAGAGUUUGAGGAUUCCCGCGGCGUUCCCAUCGAGCUGCCUGUGAAAGCCGGGCUCGCUGUGCUGCAGGGCCUGAGGCAUCCUGGGAAGCUGCUGAUCUUCCAUACGUCCGCUCUUAUCGAGGCGGGACACUCAAACUUCUCCUCAGGGUUCUUUGUCCCCAACAGACCAAUGUCCAUCUUCCAGCCACCAGAACAGGCCGUCCUGCUGGCUAAGGAGUGUGUCCGUCAGGGAUGUGGCGUCCACCUCUUUGUCCUUUCUCAGCCAGAUGUGGGCGGGGCCUGGCCGGGACACAUCCCACAUCUGUCGGGCGGAGCUCUGCACACCUACAGCCACCUCCAGGGAGCGCUGGACAGAGAGCGCUUCAGUGCCGAUCUCAAGAGGACUGUGAAUAUAGAGACAUGCUACCAGGCUGAACUCAGGAUAUUUGUCAGCAAAGAUUUGCGUGUGUCCGGUUGUUAUGGGCUAUUUGUCCCCGGCCCGAGCCCUGGACAUGUCACCAUGGCAACCCUCGACAGCAGGACAACACUUGCCGUUGAGCUCGCGCACACCAGAGCUCUGGAUGAGACGCGAGGUGCCGCCAUACAGGUGGUCCUGUGUUACAGCAACCAGGCGGGGGAGAGGAGGACCAGGGUUCACACUCUGACGCUGCGAUGCUCUCGUCACAUCCAGGACAUGUUCAGGAGCUGUCAGGCACAAACUCUGCUCACCUUCUACUGCAAGAAGAUGUACUGUGCAGUGCUAGAGCGCCCCCUUCAGGAGUUGAGGGAAGAACUGCAGACGGAGGUGACAGAAGCGCUGGCGUCCUACCGUAAACACUGCUGCUCCUCCUCGGUGUCGGCGGGACAGCUGGUUCUGCCUCAGCACCUCCGGACGCUUCCCGUUUACAUCAACAGCCUGAGGAAGAGCGAGGUGCUGCUGCCCGGCCUGAGGAGCUCCGUCCACCAGCGGCUGCAGCAGCGCUGCCGGGUGCUGGGCCUGGACACCGCCAGCACCGUCACGCACUUCUACCCCCGUCUGCUUUCUCUGCUGCUGUCGGGAGGCGCCGGCGGCCACCUGCGCUGCUGCGCUGCCAGCCUGGAGCCCCGAGGCCUGUACCUGGUGGACGCCCCCCUCGCCCUGCUGCUCUGGGUCGGCAUCCAAGUCCCAGCAUGCACCCUGGUGGAGCUCUUCAACACCAGCUGCUUCUCCUCCCUGCCGUCUGGAGAGACGAAGCUGCCAGCUCUGGAGAACCGGCGCUCCGUCGCUGUUCGAGCUCUCAUCGACGCGCUGAACGUCCAGGCGCCCGGCACUCGCAAGCUGUUGGUGGUGAAGCAGGGCGACAGCUGCGAGGAGGCUCUGCAGCGCCACCUGGUGGAAGACAAGAGUCCCAACGGAGGAGCGUCCUACGCCGACUUCCUGUACCACGUCCACGUCAACUCCAUCCGGCUGCUGCAGUGACACACACACACACACACACACACACACACACACACACACACUCUCAGACCUCUCUGGUGCAAUAUCUGCAACUAAAGACCACCGUUUAUUCACCUCUGGCAAAAACAAGGAAUAGAAAACAUCAAGAAUAAAGAUUAUAACAAUAAUUAUUAUUGUAUUUUCAAAUAAGCUGUGCAUGCAGGACUUGGAGGAGAUAAUUUAUUUAUUUACUGUAUUUAUGUUUACUGAAAGACUGGUGUUUUUGCGCGUGGGAGGAAGGCUAUGUAACAUUUCUGAUGUGAUAUUAUUGCUUUGUCCUGCUGAUCAUAAGAUCCCAGCCUUACGUGUGUCUCUGUUUUUAAUGUCACGGCCUCUCUGGGUUAUGAAUCACAUGAGAAUAAAACUGUGAUUUGAAGUUGCUCCUUGUUUUGUUUUAUUUAUCUUCUCGUCCUCUUUCCAGUGCAGCUCUGAUUGAUGGUGACGUUUCAGACGUCAUCCCCCAGCAGCAAAUAAAUA